CGUCAGCGGACUUUUCCGAUUGGUAUCGCUACUAUACAGUAGAUCCUGCAGAUAUAUAAUUGUGGGUGUGGGGGCCAAAAUAAAUAGGUAUGUAGAUAUGCGAAUCCAAGUAAAUCUGGUAGGUGCCAGGUGGUCGUGGGCGAUCUUAGAUCUAGGCGCAUCCUCGUGGUGGUGGUGGUGGUGGUGGUGGUGGUGGGCUGCGAUGGAGAUGUAUUUCCGAGGAGCGAGCAGUUCGAUCCGAGGGAUAUGUAUGUAUUAUAUGUGCAUUGGGAACGAGAGCAGCGGACCCCAUCCCGGAGAUACCUAUCGAAUUGAUGGAGCCGGAGCAAAAGAAAUUCGGUAGGUAUAAUGCAAAGCCAGCCAAUCGCUCAUCCACCAGUAGCUGGGCCCAGAG